AUGAAGGGUGCAACCGAAGGCAAAGAGACACAACAAAUCGACAAUGCCAGAUUUCCGAGGAGCCUGUGCGUUGGCAACUUCUCACAAUGGAAUGUGACCCCAAAGCUCUUCACACAGAAGCCGAGUGGUGACCUCUUUAACUGGGUUCCGAGUGUGAGAACCUACCGGCCAGAAAUGGCCGUGCAGGUCGGAGUCUCGUGCCUCGUGCAAAGUGAACUCGGCCGCCUGAGGCUGCAGUUGGAGUUGGGUUCUUGUCUUUUUCGAGUCGACCGACCCGAGUUUGAGUCACAGUUUGAUGCCAACUUGGGCUGA